CAGUCACAGUGCUUGGUGCACAGCACGUUGCCAACACCGCAAACGGCACCAUUCCAGCGCUGUGAACUCCAGAAGGAGGAUCAUCCACUUGCAGACCCUGCUAGGGCUCUCCUGUACGCGAUUGUUGCAACUCGUGAUAGCGGCAUGGUGUGAGGCUCGAGAUGGCGGUGAGGUUGAGGCAUUGCUGCUGUGGUUGCUCCCUCAAGGAAGGAACAAUAGUCAUAGGGGUUAUCUUCCUUCUGCUGCCAAUCGUUGCACUUGCUUGUGGCACGUACUAUGGCGUGCGGUUUGCUACGUAUUAUCAGCAGAAAGACAGAUCAUGGUACAUGCGCCCUGAAGUAAUUCUGUCAACCACAGCAGCGGGGUUUGUGCUAUGUGUGACCGAGUUGAUAACCAGCAGCUUACUCCUGCGGGGAGUGGUCAAGUACGACCGACGCCUGGUGAUGCCGUGGCUAGUGGACAACGCAAUCAUGUGCGGGUUGCUGUUCCUGAUCGUUGUAGGCGGCGCCAUCAGCUGUGUUAUCCUGACGGCUAGCCAGCUCAAGGACGACCUCACCACCUUAACAUACGGAUUCCUCAUCCUGGUGCCCGGAUGCUUCGUCGUCGUUCCAGACAGAGACAGCGCUGCCCAAUCGUGCGUGUCACUGAGCUGUGCUCUGUUCCAGGAGCGUACAUAUAUCUGCUCUUGGUGGUGUACAGUUUCUACUGCCUGCUACCCAUGCUGUCGUCCGAGAGGAUCGCCAUUCUAUUGGACCGCUUCAAGAACCCAUAUUUUAGGCAUGAAAAUGAGAGUGAUCACACUACGACAGAGAAUUGGGGAAACAUCACGGCAACGCAUCGGUUCUCAGGCUAUUGACUCGGUUAGUUCAGACACUGGGGAUGCUUGUGCCACCUGCAAAGCCGUUUCUGCAACUCACCAGUCUUAUAAACAAAUGACAAUCCGUGUAACAAAUUAAUCUGCAGAGCGAAGUGGAAAUAUAGGGUGGGCUUUCCCACAGGAAGUGUAAGGCACUCACAGGGACAUCACGGCCGUACAAACAGAUGUCCUAGCGGUAUGUGAGUGCACUGUACAAACAUUGUACUGUGAGAUAAAUUUUCUGCUGAAAUAUAAAGCAAUUAUGUUCGUUCCGGACAGAUUUACUUUAAACGGUGCGGUAUACAGAGAAUUGUCAACAUGCUUAUGAAUGAUGGAUUGCGGCAAGAUUUGGCAGAAGCCAGUUGUGGCUAAUCGUGAUAUUUUAUUGGAUGGGCUGUACAAACCGCAAAGUACCUCAGUUAGGAAAGCGGGUGUUUAUUAUAGUAGCGAUUAUAUUAUGUACAUCCGACUCAAAAAGCAUGAAUAAUCUGACAUGUUUCCAAAACAUAAAUAGAGACAAAGCUUGAAUAUUUUGGGCUUAUGUUUACAGAAACAAAUGUGAGAUU